UAAACUUUCAGCAAAAAGAUAAUAUCUUUUGGCGGGCGAGCGGCGCGCAUGUGGUAACCAAAGUUGUGUUGAUGCUCGUUCCGUUUACAAAAGCGUGGUACUGCUUUGGGCCUAUUCUCAAGUCAAUACUAGAAGGCGCGCAUGUGGUAACCAAAGUUGUGUUGAUGCUCGUUCCGUUUACAAAAGCGUGGUACUGCUUUGGGCCUAUUCUCAAGUCAAUACUAGAAGGUUAAUAUUAGAAAAAAUGUUGUUGCUUUUAAAUAUUCUAUAUGUUAUUCCUACCUUUUCUUAAAGAGCUAUUUGUUCAGAUUGCUAUGCAUUUGGUUUUUUGUUCCAUAUUCGUAUGAAGAUGUAAGUUUAAUUUGGUAUUUUGCUCUAAACUAAAGGUUAUUUGUCAUUUAUGAGGUCUGUUUCAUUUAGUGGAUUUGUUUGAAAGUUGGUUUAAUUAAUUGGUAGAGGGAUCUCUUAUUACCUUAUUUUUUUUCAUUUAAUUAAUUGUUAGGGGCGAUGAAUCAAGGGGGGGUUUCUGCAAUUUUACAGGAUUAAUUAUACAUUUUGGUCUUUUGUUUGUAAAGGAUACUAUCAUUUUUCUUUCUGGUCAACACUAUAAAAUUCUUUAUCUCAUUGAUUUCAUUUUUCAUUGAUUGUUCUCUAAAAACAAUUUGUUUUAGGAUCAACAUGGUAUUAGUACUUCGCAUCUCUUGUUUUUCAGUGUUUCUUGGAGAUCAUUUUAUGAAUGCUCCUAAUGCUGUUGGAUGUUUGGGUGAGCAAAAGAUUGGCAAAUUGGAUGAAACUUUGUAUCACCAUAGGAAAUGAGAAUCAUAGUUUGGAUGGUUAAGGUCAACAAUUUGAUGAAUCUGUUAUAACUUCUAAAAAGUCUAGUGAGUAUAAUUUAGUUGAUGAGAGACUGUGGAAAGACUUCAUUCCAGUGGAUGUGUGGGAUUAAUUGAUUUCAGAAUUACUUAGUGGAUAGGUUCAAAGUUUGUCGCCUGGUUACUUGGGUUUGAGAUUGAAAUCAUGUGAAAUAAGGUUGACUGGAUUAAGAUUUAAGACAGAGAUGAUAUAUAAAUAAUAGAUACCUUAAUUUAUUUUGCAUUCCCUUUCAAUUACAAGAAAAAAAAGAAAAGCAGCUAGUUCUUAUUAAGCAACUUCAUAUUAUACACUUGCUAGCUGAUCUGCAUGUUUUUGUCAGAAGCCUGAAGUGGUGGAUAUGAUAUUGCCACUCAUUGUAGAAAUUCUAGAAGGGGGGUGACACUACAACUCUUGGCUUAUUGCGACUCCAAGUAUGUAUGAACGUAUCCUUCUCAAGCAUGCGUUAAAUGCAUCUACAGGUUUUCUUCUAAGGUUUGGAAGUUCACUUGAAUUUAUCAUUCAAAUGGCUAACACUAAAUUAAAUCUGUCGCAUGGUGUCCCAAUCUUUCUUUGUGGAGUUGCUGCUUCUUCUUGAUGUGGUUUCCGGCACAUUGAGUUUAGAUUUUGAAUCUGAUUAUGAAGUUGUUGUCUGAUGACACGAAGUUACUUGAUAAAGCUCUCUAGUGUUGGAUGUGCUAAAAGUGAAACCCUGGCACCAGAAGCCAUGGACAGAUCAUUCGGAGAAAGCUUUUUGUUAACAAAUCGGAGUUCGCCUGCCAUUUUCUAUCUAUCUAAGUCGAACGAAGCUGUUAAAGGAGCGUUUGGAAAGAGCACCAAGGAGGAAGAAGAAGAAAAGGGCAACCCCGUGAAACUACACCGAUGUUUGUCCCACGUUAAGGUUUUCAUCUGGUUUGCGAGCAGUCUUAAUGGAACUAAAUUGAGGUCAGACUAUUUUCAUUGGAUGCUAUCUUUGUGCUCAGAUGUAGGGUUGGCUGCAGAGUCUAGAAGUGGAAGUGUUCGAUUAUACAGAGCUUUCAUCACAAAAGAUACCUGGAAAUUUGGAGAGCGGAUUUUCUUUCGCCUCUACUUCCUAAUGAGGCUGAAAUAUGUUCAGAUUUUGAUCCUACUGUCAAGGUUGAACCUUCACUUUUGAAGUUAUUUUGCAACUUGUGGUCCUAUGUUGCUCUCUUUUGGUUAGCACCUCCAAUAUGGAAACUUUGUCCCAGAUAAAGUCAAUUUCCACUACAAUGAAGAUUGUGGGGAGCAUGGAUGCAGUUGCUCUUUAAGCAGUUGAUUUAGUUCUGUGAAACUUGAAGAUGAGUUGGAACUUAAUGCUCUUGAUAACCCUAGCAGCCGCGUGGCAAUGAUUAAGCUGUUGUAAGCCAAAGACUUACUCUUUCUACUGCUUUAGCCUUUAGGUGGGCAACUUGACGUUGCCACA